AUGAAGACCUCUUUGGCCACUGCAGUUAUCCUCUUUACGUCGGCGCUGGCAGCGCCAGUCACCAUGAGAAACACACCCACGGAGAAUGGUAAUACCAAUCCGAAUGUCAACAUCCCCACUGGUCCCGGCCCUGUGUGCACAGAUAACGAGAUCUGUCCCUAUGAGGUCAGUGACAGUCAGUAUGCCCGCCGUCAGGAGCCUAUUCCUGCCGCUGCUCUGGGAUCUUUGAUCGGGGGUGGCCUCGGUAGGCGAGACGACGAAGCUAUCCCAACUGAUGCCAUUAUUUCCUUGGCAGGCGGUGGCCUCAAGCGACGUGGUGAUGAGGAUGUCCCGGCUGAAGUCCUGGCCUCCCUGCUUGGGCGCCGCCAGGAGCCUAUCCCUACUGACGCUCUGGGAUCAUUGAUCGGAGGUGGUCUUGGGCGCCGUCAGGAGCCUAUCCCUUCUGACGCUCUGGGAUCAUUGAUCGGAGGUGGUCUUGGGCGCCGCCAGGAGCCUAUCCCUUCUGACGCUCUGGGAUCAUUGAUCGGAGGUGGUCUUGGGCGCCGUCAGGAGCCUAUCCCUUCUGACGCUCUGGGAUCAUUGAUCGGGGGUGGUCUUGGGCGCCGCCAGGAGCCUAUCCCUUCUGACGCUCUGGGAUCAUUGAUCGGAGGUGGUCUUGGGCGCCGCCAGGAGCCUAUCCCUACUGACGCUCUGGGUUCAUUGAUCGGGGGUGGUCUUGGGCGCCGCCAGGAGCCUAUCCCUACUGAGGCCAUCAUUUCGCUGGCUGGUGGUGGUCUGAAAAGAAGCGAGGAGGACGCCAUGGACUCGUACUAA